AUCCACAACAAGAAUAGUCGCGGAUGGUAUGCAUUUUCUCUAUAUAAAAGAGGCAUUGUUUGCACUCGGUAUCGCAUUGUGUUUAUAUUACAAUUUACAGUGGGACUUAUUCUUGGAACAAACCGUUGAUUGUGAUAGAUCUAGAUUUUGUAAACUAACCUUACAGAGAAAAAUGGGGAAAUUUAGUUAUCCUAAUGCUCGCCGAGACGAAACUGUAAUUGAUAAUUAUCAUGGAGUCGAGGUUAAAGAUCCUUAUCGAUGGAUGGAAGAUCCAGAUGCAGAAGAAACGAAAGCUUUUGUUGAAGCUCAAAAUAAUAUAUCAAAGCCUUUCAUAGAUGCUUGUCCAGUGAAAGAUCAAAUCCAGAAAAGGAUCACUGAAGUCUGGGAUUAUCCAAAGUAUGGCUGCCCAAAGAAACAUGGAGAUCAUUAUUAUUAUUUUCACAAUACUGGUUUACAGAACCAGAGUGUGAUGUAUGUGCAAGAUUCAUUAGACUCAGAGCCAAGAGUUUUCCUAGAUCCUAAUGCUUUGUCACAAGAUGGGACAGUAUCUCUUAGAGGCUCAGCUUUUACAGAGAAUGGCCUGACUCUAGCCUAUGGUCUAAGUGAUAGUGGAUCUGACUGGGUGACAAUUAAGUUUAAAAAAGCUCCCAGCAGUGAAGAUCUACCAGAUGUACUUGAACGUGUUAAAUUCUCCAGUAUGACAUGGACACACGACCAUGAAGGAUUUUUUUACAAUAGUUUCCCCUCACAAGAGGGUAAAGUAGAUGGUACAGAAACUACUGUCAAUCUCCACCAGAAGUUGUAUUACCACAAGUUAGGGACAAGUCAGACGGAGGAUAUCCUGGUAGCUGAGAUGCCAGAAUACCCAAAAUGGAUGAUUGGAGCAGAAGUAACAGACUGUGGUAGAUAUUUGAUUCUAACGCCAAGAGAAGGCUGUGAUCCUGUCAAUAGACUCUACUAUGUAGACUUGAGCAGCCUGACAAAUGGUAUCACAGGUAUUCUGCCAUAUGUUAAAGUUGUGGAUAAUUUUGAUGCUGAAUAUGAGUACAUCACCAAUGAAGGUAGUGUGUUUACUUUCAAGACUAACCUGAAUGCUCCUCAUUAUAAGCUGAUCAACAUUGAUGUGACUAAACCAGAACCUGAGAACUGGGUUACUUUAGUGGAAGAAGAUCCAGUUGCUGUCCUGGAGUGGGCCUCCUGUGUGAAUCAAGACAAACUUGUGUUGUGUUACCUAAGAGAUGUUGUGAAUGAAUUGUAUGUCUACGACCUGGCCACCGGACACAGGAAGUUCCAGUUUCCUCUAAAUGUUGGAAGUGUCGUGGGAUUUUCUGGCAAAAAAAAGGGAAAAGAAAUUUUCUACCAGUUUCUUUCUUUCUUGACCCCAGGUAUCAUCUACCAAUGUGACAUGUCAACUACAGAAUAUAAACCAAAGCUGUUCCGAGAAAUCUCAGUGAAAAACUUUGAUGCCAAUCAAUUUGAGACUGAGCAGGUGUUUUAUAAAAGUAAAGAUGGAUGCAAGAUUCCAAUGUUCAUAGUUCACAAGAAGGGAAUUCAACUAGAUGGCAACAAUCCUACUCUACUCUACGGCUAUGGAGGAUUUAGUAUUUCCGUAACUCCUUCAUUCUCACCUUCAAGGGUUGUUUUUCUUCAAAAUUUAUCUGGUGUCUAUGCUGUGGCAAACAUCCGAGGAGGCGGAGAAUAUGGUGAAACCUGGCAUAAGGCUGGAUGUCUUGACAAAAAACAGAAUUGUUUUGAUGACUUUAUUUCUGCUGCUGAAUAUCUGAUUCAUGAAGGAUACACCAGCUCUAACAAGCUUGUCAUCAAUGGUGGUUCCAAUGGAGGCCUGUUGGUUGGAGCCUGUCUCAAUCAGAGACCAGAUUUGUUUGCUGCAGGCAUUGCUCAAGUUGGUGUCAUGGACAUGCUACGAUUUCACAAAUUUACUAUUGGUCAUGCCUGGACAACAGAUUAUGGCUCUUCUGAUGACCCUGAACAAUUUCAAUGGCUUAUAAGAUAUUCUCCACUACACACCAUCAAACAGCUAGAAGGAGAUGUGAAAUAUCCGGCUUUACUUUUGCUGACAGGUGAUCAUGAUGAUAGAGUAGUUCCCCUUCAUUCUCUCAAGUUUAUUGCCGAACUUCAACAUCAAUUAGGGGACUCUGAGAAACAGGUCAAUCCAAUCCUUAUACGAGUGGACACCAAGUCUGGUCAUGGGGCUGGCAAACCUACAGCUAAAGUGAUUGAAGAGAUCACAGAUAUUUACAGUUUCAUGGCUCAAAUACUUGGAUUGGAAUGGAAGGACUAGAGACAAGUGCAGCUUAAGUAUUAAUGGAGAUCCUUUGUACAGUCCUCAUUAUUUUAACUUGAUUACUUUUUUACACCCAAUUCAUUUUUAAAUUGUUUCAUGAAAAUAAUAAUCAUUAUUUACUUUUUCAUUGAUCUUUUCAUAAACGAAGUUUGAGACUUUUUUUUUUUUUCAAUUGAUUCAACAUUUUAGAUUGUCUUUGCACAUUGAGUUGUUCAUUCAUUUCUAGCCUAUAAUCAGAGCACAGAUUUUAUUUGAUCAUAGUGUUAUGCAUAGGUCAGUGCGUUUGAAUGGGCAUUAAUGUUGUCAGUUGUAUGUUCUUUUUUUUUUUUUUUAAAUUUACAAUGAGUACAUUGGACAUUCAUACUUUUUCACCCUUAGUCUGUUGGACAGUUGGGGCACCACGCAAGAUUUGUCGACUGUCUCUCUCCAUCUCUCUCUGUCUUUUGCCUUGGAUAGAACCUCUUUCAGCGGCAGGCCUGUACACUCUUUUAUGUUGUCUUCCUAACGCUUUCUCUGUCUGCCUCCUCUUUUUUUUUUUUCCCUGGUACUUUUCCCUGUAGGAGGGUCUUUUUGAGCCUUCAAGACCUUGUUAUAUGGCCAUAGAUUUUUAGUUUGCCUUUUUUAAACAAUAGUUAGCAGGUCAUCAUCGGGUCCAAUCGCUGCAGUAACCCUGUUUCUUAUCUCUGUUUGUUUUGGGGUCUUUAAAUGUGAUACCUAGGAUCCUUCAUACAUUUUAUUAAAAAACUAAAUGAGUUCACCUUAUUCAGUGGUAUUCACUCAAAUAUCUGAAUUUUUCCAGUCAACCUGUUCUUGAAAAUAAUCUACAAGUACCAUCAAUGUUAUUAUCUUCUUUGAAGGAAUGGCUGUAAUUGAUAAGAUAAGAUACUACAUUUUUUUUUUUUACUGUUAGUACUGUUUCAGUCAAAUCAUCAUUUCAUUAAAACACAAAAUGUUUGUUUUGGAUUAUGUAAUAAACUGCAACUUCAUUUACUAGCUUUUAGUACAGCAAAUCUUUUGUUUUUAUGACACAUGUGGUAUUAAAAAAUGAUUAACGGAAAACAUGGAAAUUGACAUUUUCUUGUUUCACUAACAUCAAGUCUAAUGUUUUUUGAAAAUGUGACUUUUUGUAUUACAUUGUAGAUUGAGAAAAUGUGUUGAAUAAAAUGUAAUGGCAAUAUCUAUUUUCUUUCAUCAGGGUUGCCAAAUUGGCUUGCUGUACUUAAAACUUGUUUAGUCCUUAAAGAAUAUAUGAUUCUAUUCAGUUAAAUUUCUUUUAUUUGACCAUUAUAUUACUCAGGGCAUGUAUUGCUGUGGCCUUCAUUUAAUUUUAAACCACAUAAUUCAAUGCCAUAUGUUGUGUUAUCUACAUAUCAGUUACUUUGUCC